CCACAAUAAAGUUCAAAGAAAUUAUAACUAUAUCUGUCUCCUGAUUUCGAUAUKGUACUUCGUGUGGAACAAAUAAAACUUUUAAAGAGAGAAGUUUAAUCUUCGUGCAAAGUGCGAAUAUGGCGACAAAGUCCAUCUUUAACAGUCAAUUACGAAGACAUAGAAAACGAAGAGAAGCGCAAAGCCAGAUAAACGCCAAGAGUGACACGACCAAAUCCAUUUUAUUAAACUUUUGCAGCUAUACAUCAUGGGGAGGGCUAGGUCGAGUUGCUGAAUCCAAACACGCUGCCCUCAAAAUCAUCUGGUUGCUGGCUUUUAUUACAGCUUUCGGUGCAGGAAUCCAUCAACUUAUUGGUCUGUUCUACACAUAUAAAAGUCGACCGAUAUCCACGCAUAUGUCCCUGGAAAAUGGCGUGGUUUUCGCAUUUCCAAGUGUAACWGUUUGCAAUUUCAACAUUCUGCGAAAGUCACGUAUAAAAAGUCUUCCGCCUGAAAUCAGAGACAAAAUUGARCGAUACGCAAAAGCACGCAAUGCAAGUAAUAGCGCCCAAGAAAAGCCAKUGGAAUUCCACCAUGAAAGUCUACAGCAUCUAAAGCAUACUGACGAAGAAUAUAAGAUAAUCGAGGAGACUGCAAUGCUGCUGGCUGGACAAGACGAGUCAACACUCAAACCACAUGGCCAUCAGAUUGAAAAUUUGAUUUUAAGUUGUAAAUAUCAGGGGCUUCAUUGUAGGUCUCACUUGUAUUGGAGUACAUUUUGGCACUACAAAUUUGGAAAUUGCUUCAUAUUCAACCCGAACCGAAAAGAUUUAGAAAGCUUAACAACKGCAAAAUCAGGGCCAUCACACGGUUUGGUUUUGGAACUAGAUAUCGAACAGCACGAAUACAUCGAUCAACUKACUCAAGAUGCUGGGGCUAUUGCACACAUAUCACCGCGGGGAAAAACACCUUUUCCAUACAAAGAGGGAGUAAGCCUUGCACCAGGCUUCUCGAUAUCACAAGGGUUGAGAAUGGUUCAAACAAUCAGAGUUGAUCGAUUCGGUAAUAAUUCCUGUGUGGCCGAUAMUACUACCGAAGAAGAAACAAUUUAUACGAAGAAAUUUAAUGCGAGUUACUCGAAAAUGAAAAGCACCGCCCUUGAACAGCUUUACAAACUAACUCCGUCUUUUUCUUCAUUUCCAUCGGAGAAUUACAUGCAGUCUUUCUUUGCAAGGAGUAAAGCAAAUAUGACAGCUGUAGACUUGAGGAAAAACUUAAUCAAACUUCAGAUAUUUUAUCAGGAUCUCAACUACGAUUUGAUUGAGGAGCAUAUAUCUUACAAGMUGGAAAACUUUGUGUCAGACAUCGGUGGACAGUUAGGCUUAUGGCUCGGAGUGUCGGUGCUGAGUGGCUUGGAAAUUAUCGAUCUUAUCAUUCUACUAUUGCUUCAUUUUGGAAAGAGUACAAAAAUCAACAACGAAAGCAAAGUUCAAGUUGUGAAAAUAGGCGACGAAGAACGAAGUGGUCCACCGACUUUGAUGACGAACAACUUCUUAGCGCACGGAAAUUUAUGAACGCACUUGUUUAAUCAUAGGCUGCCAUAGGCUUGAGAGAAGGAAAAAAAAACGAAUGCGUACGCUUUUACGCUAGUAUUGUAUCGGCGAGAGCUCUUGGUUACUUUGUCGUUGUUCGACCUCAUUAGAUACUAUAACAAAGUCACCUCUAGAAAGGAAAGUACAUAUAAUAUCACAGUUCACUGAAGUUUUAAUAUARUAGACUACAAUUGUAGCUCUUCAUGCUCUUUGUUUUCGUUGAUUUCAACGCAUUUUCAGUAAUUGUAGCUCUGCGUUAUAGAAAUUUCUCAAUAUUGACUUACACAAAACUCUCAACCAUAGAGUUGUAUACGGCACUGUGAAGUUUUGCCGACUACAUUUUCAAAAUAUGAUA